AGAUGACCCGAUGUAUAUCAGCCGUUCGGCAAAGCCAGAAUCAGCUUCAGUUUAAUAUUGUCGUUCUCGGCGAAAGGAUCUCUGUGAAGAAGAAAAAAUCAGUUCAUCAUGAUGCCAGCUCACUUGUUCAAGUUGGCAAUACUAUUCCUUGGUUUCAUUGGAUACCUUACGGGAACAAAGCAAUCUUCAAGGGACCUGCAAUCGAUUACCCACAAUCACAGAGACAAAUGCAGUAUCUACCUAAAUGCCAAAGCCCCAAUUCUAAUUGCGGCAUUUAUCACGAUUCCCAUUUCGGUGGCUCUUCCAGCCUUGAGAGGCCGUAGCGCUCGAUCGCAAACCGAGCACAACGUGACUGAAGUGCCUUAUUCCUACGACGAUCCACUUUAUGUGGCUCAGCUUCAGAAAAUUGACAUGUAUAUGGACUAUAUGGAGAUUCGCGAUGAUAUGUGUCGUCAGCGUUUCAUCUGUGAAGUCGCCUCAUUGCCUGACACCUAUUCUCCGUUGUAUGGCAUCUUCAAAAGCAGCUCACGUAACACGGAUUUGGAGGUGAAGAAGUCAUAUUUCAGUCGUUUCUUUCGCUACUACAAUGCGCUGAUGGAAGGCAAGAAAUCCGCUGCUCAACAGUCUGCGAAUCCAGCCGCCAUUUGUCAUCAGCUUUUCGGUGAAUGCCCAAAUGACAUUAACGAAACGAUCAAUAUGGAUGUGUUGCACAUCAUGCAGUUCAUGACGCAAAAAUUCCGCAUUGAAUUCGCUGACACGACGGCCUAAUUUUAGAAUUUUUUGUGUAAAAUUUAAUUUAUUUAUUUAUGGCAAAAUCAGACCUAUUUAU